AUGCCUCGAGAUCCCCUCAUCGGCCUGGUAGGGAAGCCGUCCUCGGGCAAAUCCACCACAUUAAACAGCUUGACAGAUGCUAGUUCGAAAGUCGGUCAAUUUACCACGAUAGACCCCCAACGAGCCGUCGGAUACCUCCAGAUUGAUUGCGCCUGUGUGCGACAUGGGCUGCAGGACCGAUGUCGACCGAACUACGGAUCAUGCGUCAACGGCAAGCGAUCUGUCCCGAUUGAACUUCUGGACGUUGCCGGACUAGUCCCCGGCGCGCACGAGGGCAAAGGACUGGGGAACAAAUUUCUGGACGACCUGCGACACGCGGAUGCUCUGAUCCACGUGGUCGACGUGAGCGGGACGACGGAUGCCGAGGGCAAGGCGACGCGAGGGUACGAUCCCAGCGUGGACAUCGAGUGGCUGCGCGGGGAGAUAGUGAGAUGGAUUCAGGGCAACCUGAUGGAGAAAUGGGGCAGUAUCAAGAGACGGCACGUCGCGGUCAAGGCAUCGGCCGUGGACACGCUGCAAGCCCAGUUUUCCGGCUACGGGAGUACCAGCGCGCUCGUGGCGCGGGUGCUCGACAAACUGCAGCUCAAGGAACCCCUGGAGGAGUGGAGCAAUGAGACCAUUCUCAAGGUCGUCAACGCCUUCACCGACGAGAAGUUCCCCACCGUGCUGGCCCUCAACAAGAUCGACCACCCGGACGCCGACCGCAACAUCGCCAAAAUCGCAAAACAGCAACCCGCAGACAGGAUCGUGCUGUGCAGUGCCAUCUCUGAGGUGUUUCUGCGUAAGCUGGCCAAACAGGGCUACAUCAAAUAUAAAGAAGGUUCAGAGUACCUCGACACCCGGGAAGACUUGAUUGAACAAGGAGACCCGGACGGAGGCGGGUUGAAAGAGAUGGACGACAAGUUAAAGCAACGCAUCGAAAACCUCAAGGACAUGGUCCUCUACCGCUUCGGUAGUACCGGGGUGGUGCAGGUCUUGACUCGGGCCGCCGAGUUGUUGGGUCUGGUGCCCGUCUUCCCCGUCAAGAACAUCCAUACCUACGGCUCUGGCGCGUCAGGCUCGACGGCUGUCUUUAGAGACUGCGUCCUGGUCAAGAAGGGCAGCACGGUCGCGGACGUGGCGAGGAAAAUCAUGGGCGAUGCCCCCAUUGCUUUCAUCGAGGGUGAUGGUGGACGGAGGGUUGCAGAAGACCAGGUCGUCAGUCCCGGAAAGAAUGACAUCUUAUCAUUCCAUGUAGGACGGUGA